UUUUUUUUUGUUACAAUGUGUGGUAGGUUCUGUUGUGCUCUUUGUACUGAAGAUUUGAAAACAAAAUUAGUGAACAAUGGAUUGAAUGUGGAAAACAAUGACUGGAAAGAUCAAGACAAGUUUCGACCACGAUACAAUGUUGCACCACGAUCGUUCGUACCAGUAGUUCGACAGAAUGACUCGGGUCAACUCAUGCUUCAAACAAUGAAAUGGGGACUAGUACCAUCCUUUGCUAAAACGAUGCCAGAUAUGCAGCCGAUCAAUGCUCGAGAUGAUACUCUAUUGACAGGAUCGCCAAUGUAUGAUAGGAUUAAGAGUGAUAAACGAUGUAUUGUGGUAGCAGAUGGUUUUUACGAAUGGAAAAAGUUGGGCAACGGAAAAAAAGUACCUUAUUAUACACGACGGAAAGAUGGUCAAUUGAUGUUUUUUGCAGGAUUAUAUGACAAGGCCCAUCCACAAGAUUGGAAUGAACCAGUAUUAUAUUCUACCAUCAUUGUCACUACCGGACCUUCUUCCUUUUUUUCCUUUUUGCAUGAUCGUAUGCCUGUCAUUUUGGACAAGAAAGAAGCUUAUCAAUGGUUAGAUCGAUCUAUUCGUUGGUCCAAUGAUUUGAUCAAAUUAAUGAAACCAUUUCAAGGCGAAUUGGAUUGUUAUCAAGUAACGGACAAAGUGGGACCAGUGUCAAAUGAAUCAUCUGAUUUCAUUUUACCGGUGGAUACUUUGAAAGGCUCCAUUUCUAGUUUUUUUGGAAAACAACCAGAAACUUCCUCCAAGAAACGAUCAUCACCAAAUAAAGAUUUCCAGCAAGAUAUCGCAAAGAAAAUCAAGACAUCACCUACAUCCAAAACCUCUCAGGAAAAACAGCAGAGUCAGGAUAGGAAACAUAUUACAAACUUCUUCAAACAGAAAUAAAUCAAAUAGU